ACAGUCCGUCCUGUUUUCCCUAUCUCUGCUCCUCUCACAGUGUUCGGACGGUGCGUUAAGGUGCGGAUCCGAGUCCGGCUCUUGGGGAAAUUUGAGGAAAGUCAGACGACGUGUACACCUUGAAAGGGCAGAAUAAACCAAUCUCAGUAGAGACGACCGACAUUUAACAGCCUUUGUGCAUUUGUCUUGAACGUAAAGUAAAAUGGAUCCAAUGACUCAGUCCGCCCAGAUAUCAUCGUCGCAAGGGUUUGCCGAUGGACAAAAUUCUGCUGCCAAAGAAUCAAAGUUGUCCGAUUCCUUUCUUUCCUCUUCGCCUGUAUCUCUCAUUCAGUCUCCUCAAGACAAAAGAGUGGUCCUGGGCUCCGACAAGCCCUGCGAAGGUGUCGCAACAUCUCUUCGUUUUCCUUCUCAACCUGGUUCAUUCUCCCCUGGUAAUUACGGGAGUGAAGCAGGGCCACCGGAUGAACAACCAGAUUCACCAGUAAAGACAUCUCCUGUUUCAGAGCGAAUAAAGGCUCUGGAAGCUCUUGCUGCCAAAAAGAAAGAACCGGAUUUUCGAAGCGAUGGAGGUUUCUCUCACUUCAGGGACCGCCACCAUGACAAGCCUUUUGCUGAGACCCCAAAAUCUCCCACUGAGACUACAAAAUCUCCCACUGAGACUACAAAAUCUCCCACUGAGACUACGAAAUCUCACACUGAGACUACAAAAUCCCCCACCGAGAUUCAAAAGUCCCUCAUUGAGAAAAUUCUUCCAACUGGCCAGAAAAGGGGAGGUUCUGCUGAUCAGGAGUCACCAGAAUCCCCAUUUGAAGUUCUUGGAGAUUUGAGACAAGUAAACGAGUUUGAAGAAACAGAAGAGUGGAUGAAGGCUCAUUUACCUCCUGUGCUGGACUUUGAUGCUGUUGAUUUAAUUAAAAGCACCAGCAACACUACAUCAAAGGAGAAGGAGACAGACAUGGUUAUACCUGAUGCCCCCACUGCCUUUGCUGGUGUCCCUGAUGCGUUCAUGGACUCUCCUGUUGAAGCUCCAAAACUGAAAGAUGAAUUCAGUGUUGCAAAGAAGCAACCAAGUGUCGAGGAGGAGUUUGACAUUAGCUUUUUGCCAACAGCUUACAUGUGGGAUCAGCAAGAAAAAUCAGGUGUCCAGGCGCCAUCAAAUGUUGAGUCAGGAAUUCCAUCUUCACCUGCACCUCCUGAAGGCUUUGGCUCCCCAUCUCCUCCGUUCUCUCCUCCAGCCGGCACUGAUGCUACACAGAAUGAGAAGAAAGCUACUUGGGCUGGAGUUUUGGAGCCACCAGAGGCAAGUGAAGCAGACAGCUCAGGGGAAUCAGAUGAUACUGUAAUUGAAGAUGGUGUCGGUGCUCCUGCAUCUUUUGAUUCACUAGUUUCAAAAGAUCCCACCACUUCUGGCUCUGCAGCUCCUGAUCUUCCCACUGCAGAAAAGGAGCCCCCUCCACUAAAGUCAGAGAGGAAGCUAAUGCAGGUCCCAACAAUCAAUGUUAUUGAGACAGACGAGCCAAAUUAUAGUGAAGAGGAGAUGGAAAUGGAGCCUGAGGCAGAGGAAGAUGAGGAUUAUGAAGUUGUCAAAGACCCAGCCAGAGAGACUCCAAAAGCCUCAGAACCUGAACUAGACGACAGUAAAACUGAACCACCGAAAACACGCCCCUUAGAAACUGAAUUUAUGGAAGGCUACUCUCCUCCGUCCUCACCAGUGGACUCUGACACUGAAUACUCUCCCAAACACAAGAUCCUUAAAUCUAUUCCAGAAACAGUCCAUCAGGACUCUGCAUCAAAAUCCAUCCCAAAUGACUUGAAGGACUCAGGAUUAGAUUUUUCGCAAGCACCGUCAGACACAUCACAGACUUCAUCAAAUAAAGUAAUUGAUGAACCCUCCCAUUUUAAAGGCACAAAUGAAGUGGACUUCCCAGACAAUAACGAUGAGUGGUCAGAUGAAACCCAAGAUAUCUUGGUCAAACCUUGCAAGACUGAAUUUACAUCCAAGGAACCAGGUCCUUGCAUCCAAUCCAAAGUGGAUGAAAAGUGCAAUACAUAUACAAAAGACAUCUAUGUUUCCAAAACUAGCUUCAUGCAGGAUGAUAUAUAUGAUAGACAGUCAUUUGAUUAUGAUUAUGAUGCAUCCUCUCCCUUGGAUGACAUUGAUGAUGAUGGGCUAAACAAUGCCAAGGACCAGCUAUAUUCUGAUCCUUCUCAAAUCCACAUUGCAACACUCCACGACAGCACUGCACAAAGUGACGUUCUCAAGGACAGUCAUGGCGUGGAUGGUAUCACUUCACUGAAUGAUGAUGAAGCCCCCACCAAAUCAGUUGUUAAGCCAUCUCUGAGAGAGUAUCCCCAAGACCUCUAUUCCUCUUUCCAAGGUGAAACACCAAGCACCACCACAGAGCAAGAGCUUAAUAAGAAAAUGAUCGCUGACACUGUUGCAGAUAACAUGGCAAAGACCCUUACAUCGCAGAAACCUGGCUCAAACAUCCAGCAGGAUACUAAGGCAGAUCCCCAAAAUGGCUCAGUUUCUGAACCUACAGAUAGUUUUGUGGACUUCAUGCGCGAGUGCCUGAAAUCAAGGCAGGAUGAAGAACCUGAUGAUGUGCGCCAGGGCAUUUGCUCAAAGAAUGAUCCCUGCAAAAGUGGAUUGCCUCCUUCCCAAUCCCCUCCGACCAUGGUGAUGGAUCUUGAACAAGAACAACUUACUAUCAGUGCUCUCAAAGAGCUGGGAAGCAGUCAAGAGGAAGAGGAGGAGGCAAUGAACCUCCUUUCAAACCAGGACCCUGUGAACCCCUACGCUACACCUAUACAACAGUCUUCCUAUACCUCAGUUUCUAAUCCAGAAAGUUCCCAAAGCAAUCGUGUGUUCGACAGCUCAUAUUCCAAAGAGGUAGAUGCCAUCGAUGAAUGGGUGGCUGAAGCCUAUCAUCUUGCUGAGCAUGUCUUGACAGCAAUACUAACCCACUUAUCAGUUAAGGAUCUGAUCCACUGGCGAGACCCCAAGAAGUCGGGCUUGGUAUUUGGCUUGUCCAUGCUGCUGCUGCUGUCGCUGGCAGCCUUCAGCGUCAUCAGUGUGGCCUCCUACCUGCUGCUGGCCCUGCUCUGUGUCACCAUCACCUUCCGCAUCUACAAGUCUGUCGUCCAGGCUGUACAGAAAUCUAACGAGGGACACCCUUUCAAAACGCUGAUAGAUAAGGAUGUCAGCAUCCCUCCAGAGACUUUCCGCAAGCACGUGGACGCCAGUCUGACCUACAUCAACCGAGCCCUGAAGCAAAUGAGCCGCCUCUUCCUGGUUGAGGACCUCGUGGACUCCCUAAAGCUGGCUGUGGUCAUGUGGCUGUUGACCUACGUAGGAGCUGUCUUCAAUGGAAUCACCAUUCUCAUCUUGGCUGACAUCCUGCUCUUCGCUGUGCCUCCUAUCUACGAGAAGAACAAGACCCAGAUUGAUCAGUACAUCGAUCUGGCACGUACUCAAGUUAACACCACAAUCACCAAGUUGCAAGAGAAACUUCCUGGGGCUGUGAAGCGCAGCAAAACUGAAUGAUCAAACCCCACAUUAGAAACCUCCAUAUUACCAUCAUCCACAUCUCCAUCAUCUUAAACCCCCAUACCUUCCCCGAUCCCUCUCCAGUUUAACCCCCGCCCCAGUCUAACUCCUCCUCCUCACUCCAUUCAACCAUCACCACCC